AUGCGAUCAGAAGAGUAUACAGAUUCCCCCCGUGAUGAACAGGAUUCCUCCUAUACUGAAAGUACGGAAAGGCAUUCGUUUAUUACCAUGAUUAAGGAUGCAAAAUAUCUAACAUUUCUAUUUAUUGGUAUUGGGUUACUAUGGCCAUGGAAUUGUAUCCUGGGGGCAUCACAAUACUUUAAACACGAUGUAUUUCUAGAUAAUACCCUAUGGUCGAAGAUCUUUGCCAGCUCUAUGAUGACUGUAUCCACUGUUUCUUCUACAUUGUUCAAUAUUUGGCUAGCUAAAAGACAACACAGUUACUCUGAACGUGUCGUUCGAGGAUUAAUAUGGGAAAUUAUAGUAUUCAUUAUAUUGGGCAUUCUAACCCUUUUGAAAUCGUGGUUCUCUUUACCCUUCAUCUUUAUUUCCAUCAUGGUGCUGGUCGCCAUAAGCUCAGUUGCUACUGCUAUGACACAGAACGGUAUUAUGGCGGUGGCGAAUGUUCACGGUCCUGUUUUCAGUCAAGCGGUCAUGGUAGGCCAAGCUGUGGCCGGUGUAUUACCGUCCGUGGUUCUCUUCAUCAUUUCGUUUUCUAGUGAUCCAUCAAGACAAAGUACCGGUGGUAUCUUGUUCUAUUUCCUGACGACAGCAGCUGUAUCGAUUGUUUCGAUCAUUUUAUAUCGUGUGAAUCAAAUUGGUGCUAAAUUGGUCAAUGUAAGUCCUGGAAGCUCUCCCUCUUCACAAGUUCCCUUCAGUGUCCAUUACGACAAAUUAAAACAUUUGGUGUUGUCCAUCUUUACAACAUUUGUUGUCACUCUAAUCUUCCCUGUGUUUGCAUCAACCAUUCUUGUAAAGGGUUUACCACUGGCCAAUUCUCAAUUUGUCCCAUUUAUCUUCACCAUCUGGAACUUAGGUGAUCUUUACGGUCGUAUCAUUGCAGAUUGGCCACAGUUCCGCAGUCCAAAGUUUACUCCUUUUAAGGUCUUUGUCUACUCACUACUGCGUAUGCUUUUUGUCCCACUAUUCUUCCUUUUUAGUAGGGUCAAUUCAAGCGAGCAUACAUCAUCCCCCAUGGUUAAAGAUUUACUCUACACAUUAUUACAAUUCUUAUUUGGUCUCACCAAUGGCCAUGUAAUUUCUAUCAGUUUCAUGAAAGUACCCGAGGCAUUAACAACCGAUGAGGAAAAAGAAGCAGCUGGUGGAUUUACCAAUAUUUUCGUUUCAGCAGGUCUUACGCUUGGUAGUGUUCUCAGCUACGGUUGUGUAUUUAUUAUCGAAUCCUACUCAAAGGUCCAUUAA